AUGGAGAACACAGGGGAGGUUGUAAUCAGCAGUGAACCGCAGAAGUUUCCAGUCAUAAGAGGCAAAUCUGGAAACCGAAGAGAAAAGAAAAAGGAUGUUUCUAAUUAUGGACUCAUCUAUGACAGCGGCCUGAUCUCUAAGAAGACAGAGCCAGCAGUGCUCCUCUGCCUGGCCAGAAUGUUAGCUUUCUCAAGGAAUGACGCUUCCGGUGUCCUUUGGGUUUCCUGUGUUUUCAUCUCUGUACUGGUUCGGCAUGCAACUGAAGCCUUUCGGUGUGACAAUGGGGUCUCCUUGCCUCCUGACAAUGUGUGUGACUUCACAGAUCAGUGUGGCGACUUGAGCGAUGAGCAGCAGUGCUCCAGUUUUGAAAGAUGUGAUUUUGAGGAUGGGCUCUGUAGUAUGACGCAAGAUCAGAGUCUGCGACUUGGCUGGACAAGGAGGAAUGGGAUGGCUGGCCCAUCACCGCCCUUUUAUGAUCACAACGGUGAUAUGUCUGCUCACUUCCUCUCAUUGGUCCCCAACGUGGAUUCUACUUCCUCAAACUUAAGAAGCAGAGUUUUUCUUCCCACGAAUAACCAACAUGUUUGUCAGAUUACAUUUUAUUACUUCUCCGGCCAAAUGAACGGCACGUUAACGGCUGGCUUUCAAACUACCUGUGGUGGUCCUAUACGGUAUUUAUGGCAAAACAUGGCUGGGCUUCAGAAUCAGUGGGAGAGGAAUGUCAUCAAAAUCCAGAGCCCCCAGAGAUUUCAGGUUAUUUUUCAAGGCCAAAUGAUUUCAACUCAUGAACAAGAUGAAGUCAUAGCUAUUGAUGAUAUAUCUUUCAGCUCAGGCUGCUUGCCUGCAAAUGAUGAAAUUUUACCAUGUCAAGAAACAUCCAAUACCGAGAAGGAACAAUGCCAUCCAGAUAUAAGUCUCUGCAGAUUUGAUUCCACAGAUGAAGGAUUGAGGUUGUGUCAGGCCUGUGGAUUUGAAUUUGACAUGUGUGACUGGGUAUCAGAAGCAUCUGCUGUUCAAAUUUCCUGGAUGCGCACAAAAGCAAGAGAAAUUCCUGUGUUGGAAUCUACACCUCAGCUGGAUCAAAGCAUUGAUGGUGAAGGUUACUAUAUGUGGGUAGGGGCUAAGCAUGCUUCUACUCCUAACCAUUUAGACAGCAGGGCUUAUCUAAAUAGCUCUUUGUUUCACUGCUUGGGCAAGAGCUGUCAUCUUCAAUUCUAUUACUCUAUGGAAAACAGUGUUCUGAGAGUACUACUGUAUAAUAAUAAGGAAGAAGAAAUAUUUUGGACAUACAACACAUCAACUCACAGAAAAUGGGUGAAAGCAGAUGUGUUAAUACCAGAAGGACUGAAGACAUUUAAGAUUAUUUUUGAAGGGAGUAUUUUGAGCCAGAAAGGUUUUAUUGGGCUUGAUCAGCUCUGGGUCUACGCCUGUGCACAGGCCCCAUCCAGACAGCUUUGCUCUGCAGCUGAAUUCACGUGUGCCAGCGGCCAGUGCAUUGCCCAAGAAUCGGUCUGUGACUCUCGGCGGGACUGCUCUGAUUCGAGUGAUGAGGACCCAGCGACCUGCUCAAGUCUUCUCAGGUGUGGCUUUGAGUCUGGUUUCUGCGGCUGGGAGCCAUUCCUCACAGAAGAUUCACACUGGGGAUUGCUGAAAGGGGUGAGCAGUGUAGGCCAUCAUCUUCCUGAUGCUGAGAACACAACAAACACAAAUCAUGGGUCAUUUAUUUAUUUGGGGGCACAUCGAUCGCCUGCAGUGGCCAAGCUUGGAAGUCCUAUUAUUACAAAAUCACUCAAUGCCUCUACCCCAUGUCAGGUGCGGUUUUGGUAUCGUUUGUCUCAGCACUCACAUCUUUCAGUUUUCACAAGAACAUCACUGGAUGGGAAUUUGCAGAAGCACAGUGAUUUAAUCGGAAUCUCCGAAUCUCAGUGGAGAAGAGCAGAAAUCGAUCUCCUUGCGAAGGCUGGAGAAUCUACUCUGCCUUUUCAGAUACUUUUAGAAGCUACUGUUUUAUCACCAAAUGCUACCGUUGCUCUAGAUGAUAUCAGCGUAUCCCAGGAAUGUGAAAUUUCAUAUAAGACACUUCCAAGUACUAGCAUACAAAGCAAAGUUUCCAAUUGUGACUUUGAAGCACAUAGCUGUGGCUGGUUUGAAGCAGCCAGUGGUGACGAUUUCGAGUGGACGUGGAGCUCUCCAAGUAACCUCUCUGCUGAUGUGCAGCAACAGGCCCCGCCCCAGGACCACAGUCACAACACAUCUCAAGGGCACUUUAUGUUCAUCCUGAAGAAAAGCAACAGCUUAUCACAAAUUGCUAAACUCCAGAGCCCAACUUUCAGCCAGACAGCAGCUAGAUGCACACUUUCCUUCUGGUUUUAUAACUAUGGCCUAUCAGUGGGAGCAGCUGAGUUACAGCUACAGAUGGAAAAUUCCAGUGACUCCACGGUACUCUGGAGAGUACUAUAUAACCAGGGCAACCAGUGGUCACAGGCCGUUGUUCAGCUCGGACGCCUCACUCAGCCCUUCCGUUUGUCACUACAUAAAGUCAGUCUUGGCAUUUAUGAUGGGGUCUCAGCUAUUGAUGAUGUCAGAUUUGAAGACUGCAUUCUUCCACCCCCCUCGAAGAGCUGCGAAGAGCCAGAUAAUUUCUGGUGUCUACACACUAAAGCUUGCGUAAAAAAGCUUCAGUUAUGUGAUCUGGUGGAUGAUUGUGGUGAUUAUACUGAUGAGGUCAACUGUGUACCUGAAUUUCAAUGUAGCUUUGAAAAUGGAAUUUGUAACUGGGAACAAGAUACAGAGGAUGACUUCGAUUGGACCAGGAACCAGGGCCCAACAUCGACAUUUAAUACAGGGCCGAUGAAGGAUAAUACUUUGGGCACAGCUAAAGGACACUAUCUCUACAUAGAAUCUUCUGAACCACAGGUUUUCCAACACCGAGCUGCUUUACUCAGCCCGAUCCUUAACGCCACUGAUGCAGAGGGCUGCACCUUCCGCUUGUAUUACCACAUGUUCGGAAAGCACAUUUACAGGCUGGCCAUCUACCAGCGAACCUGGAACAACACAAGGGGACAGCUGCUGUGGCAGAUAUUUGGGAAUCAAGGCAACAUUUGGCUAAGGAAACGCCUCAGCAUUUUCAGCAGGCGGCCUUUUCAGAUUUUGGUGGAAGCUUCAGUGGGAGAUGGCUUCACUGGAGACAUUGCAAUUGAUGAUUUGUCGUUUAUGGACUGCACUCUUUACCCUGGUCAUUUGCCAGUCAACCUUCCAGCUCCACCAGGAACUUCAGUUCCAGUAACAUUACCUCCGCACAACUGUACAGACAAUGAGUUUGUUUGCAGGUCUGAUGGUCAAUGUGUUGAAAAUAUCCAGAAAUGUGAUUUUAGAUAUGACUGCCCUGACAAAUCAGAUGAAUCAUCCUGCGCUAUGGAAGUUUGCAGCUUUGAAAAAGGAAGCCUGUGUAAAUGGUACCAGCCAAUCUCAGAAACAUUACUUCAAGAUUCAAACACAUUCCGGUGGGGACUUGGUAAUGGAUCCAGUAUUCAUCAUGGGGAGGAAUAUCACAGGCCAUCGGUGGAUCAUACUACAAACACAGCAGAUGGCUGGUACCUGUAUGCUGAUAGCUCAAAUGGAAAAUUUGGUGACAUGGCCGACAUCCUCACUCCCGUUAUAUCACGCACGGGACCAAAAUGUACCCUGGUUUUCUGGACUCAUAUGAAUGGUGCCACAGUUGGUUCUCUCCAGGUACUUAGCAGGAAAGACAAUGUUACUUCUAAAUUGUGGGCUCAAAGCGGACAGCAAGGUGCACAGUGGAAAAAAGUAGAGGUGUUUUUAGGCGUUCAUUCCCAUAUACAGAUUGUCUUCAGGGCAAAACGUGGUAUCAGUUACAUUGGAGAUGUAGCUGUGGAUGAUAUUUCCUUUCAAGAUUGUUCCCCCCUACUUAGCGCAGACAGAGCGUGUACGGCUCAAGAAUUCACGUGCGCUAACAAGCACUGCAUUGCCAAGGACAAGCUGUGUGAUUUUGUGAACGAUUGUGCUGAUAAUUCAGACGAGGCUCCUUUCAUCUGUGGUACCUCCAGUGGGUGCUGUGACUUUGAGUUUGAUCUCUGUUCCUGGGAUCAGGAGCAGGAUGACGACCUUGACUGGAACCUGAAGUCCAGCAGCAUCCCUGCUACAGGCACUGAACCAGCUGCUGAUCACACCUUGGGAACUUCAUCUGGUCAUUACAUCUUUAUAAAGAGCUUGUUCUCUCAGCAGCCCAUGAGAGUAGCCAGAAUUUCAAGCCCAGUCAUAAGCAGAAGAAGCAAAAACUGCAAGAUAAUUUUUCAUUAUCACAUGUAUGGAAAUGGCAUUGGAGUGCUCACCUUGAUCCAGGUAUCAGUUUCAAACCAAACGAAGGUCCUACUUAACCUUACUGUAGAACAAGGCAAUUUCUGGCAGCGGGAAGAACUAUCCCUGUCUGGUGAUGAGGACUUCCAACUCAAAUUUGAAGGCAGAGUUGGGAAAGGCCACCAUGGAGAUAUUGCACUGGAUGACAUUGUGCUUACAAAGAACUGCCUAUCAUUCCAUCACUUCUUGAAAGAGGAACUCAAAGUGCCUCUUCCAACAGGUUACUGUCCACAUGGCUAUCGGGAAUGUCAGAAUGGCAAAUGUUAUAAACCGGAGCAAAGCUGUAAUUUUGUAGAUGACUGUGGGGAUUACACUGAUGAAAACGAGUGUGGUAGCUCCUGUACUUUUGAAAAAGGCUGGUGUGGUUGGCAAAACUCCUUGGCGGAAAACUUUGAUUGGGUUUUGGGGCUUGGCUCUCCUCAAAGCCUAAGACCUCCCAGAGACCACACACUUGGAAAUGAAAAUGGGCACUUCUUGUAUCUGGAGGCUACCCCGGUGGGCCUUCGGGGCGAAGAAGCACACCUCAAGAGUGGUCUGUGGCAAGAAUCCAGCACUGCCUGCACCUUGAGCUUCUGGUAUUUUAUAUCUGCAAAAGCCACGGGGUCCAUUCAGAUCCUCGUUAAGACAGAGAAAGGACUCUCAAAAGUAUGGCAAGAAAGUAAGCAGAACUCUGGAGAUCAUUGGCAAAAGGCUGUCAUCCUUCUGGGAAAGUUAAGGAAUUUCGAAGUCAUAUUUCAAGGUAUCAGAACAAGGGAUCUGGGAGGAGGAGCUGCAAUUGAUGACAUUGAAUUUGAAAACUGCAUGACUGUGGGAGAGACUUCUGAGAUUUGCCCAGAAACCACUGACUUUUUGUGCCACAACAAGAAGUGUAUUGCAUCCCACCUUGUCUGUGACUAUAAACCAGACUGCUCUGAUAGGUCUGAUGAAGCUUACUGUGGCCAGUAUACAAGCACAACCGGAAGCUGCAAUUUUGAAACAACUGUAGGAAACUGGACCACAGCUUGCAAUCUUACUCAAGAGUCUCAAGAUGACUUGGAUUGGUCCAUUGGCAGCAGAAUUCCUACUGAAACAUUGAGUCCAGACCCUGAUCACACACCAGGUAGUGGCCAGCACUUCCUGUAUGUCAACUCAUCUGGCCCCAAAGAAGGAUACACUGCAAGAAUCACUACUUCUCAGUACUUCCCAGCAAGCCUCGGAAUGUGUAGUGUUCGGUUCUGGUUCUACAUGGUCGAUCCCAAGAGCAUGGGAGUAUUAAAGGUGUAUACUAUUGAGGAAUCUGGACUCAACAUCCUGAUGUGGUCAGUGAUCGGCAGUAAAAGAACCGGUUGGCUGUAUGGACAUGUACCUCUCUCCAGUAACAGUCUAUUUAAGGUGGCAUUUGAAGCUGAUUUGAGUGGAAAAGAGAACAUCUUUAUUGCCUUAGAUGACAUCUCCUUUACCCCAGAAUGUGUAUUUGGAGGUCCUGUCACAAUACAGCCGUCGCCGUGUGAAACUGAUCAGUUUUCUUGUAUCUACACAGUCCAGUGUGUGCCCCUCUCAGGGAAAUGUAAUGGACAGGAAGAUUGCACAGAUGGGUCUGAUGAAAUGGGUUGUUCCCUCAGCCCCGCUCCUCAGCUCUGUGGUCAUACGGAGUUCCAGUGCUCUACCAGCGAGUGUAUCCCGUCCCUCCUGCUAUGUGAUGGAGUGCCUGACUGUCACUUUAAUGAAGACGAAUCCGGCUGCUCCAAUGAGAACUGUUCUGAUGGAGCUUUGAUGUGUGCCUCUUCUAACAGCUGUAUCCCAGUACACAAGCGCUGUGAUGGUUUUGCUGACUGCAUGGAUUUCCAACCUGAUGAAUCCAGCUGCUUAGAGUGUCCAAGAGGUUACUGCAGAAAUGGUGGGACUUGUGUGGUGGAGAAGAAUGGUCCUAUGUGUCGAUGUGGACAAGCAUGGAAGGGAAAUCGUUGCCACAUCAAGGUUAACCCUCCAAUUGCUGACUUCACGAACACUCAGAACAAUAUAUGGACCCUCCUGGGUAUUGGAUUAGCUUUCCUAACAACUCAUAUUACUGUAGCAGUCUUGUGUUUUCUUGCCAACAGAAAAGUACCAGUAAGGAAAACUAAAAGAAGUGUUAACUGUGCAUUUGUUAAUCCAGUUUAUGGGAACUGGAGCAACCCAGAGAAAACAGAGAGUUCUAUAUACUCCUUCUCAAAUCCGUUAUAUGACACAACAUCAGGAAGCCUGGAGACUAUAUCUAAUCAUCAUAAAUAGUGCCAUCAAGAUCAAGUAUGACUGGGACUUCCCUGGUGGUCCAAUGAUUAAUACUCUGCGCUUCC